AUUAGGAUUAGACAAAAUUGAUAAAAUUACUCAAUAUGGCUGAAUUAAUGAAUAAAACUCAAUCAGUAUUUCAUGAUAUUUACGAUUAUUACUUAUGGACAUUAUCUUUAGCAGAUUCACGAACAAAAGGUUGGCCCUUAGUAGAUUCACCAACGCCCACAUUAUUUUAUACCUUAUUAUAUUUAAUAAUAGUAUGGAUUGGUCCAAAAGUAAUGAAACAUCGAAAAGCAUUUAAAUUAACAUGGGCUUUAAUACCAUAUAAUUUGGCAAUGGCUGCAUUAAAUGCUUAUAUCGCUGUUGAGCUUUUCACAGCAUCAACACGACUAAAGUAUAGUUACGUAUGUGAACCAUGUCGUGAUAUUAAACAUCCUGAUGAAUUACAAAUAACGAAUGCCGUUUGGUGGUAUUAUUUUUCAAAACUACUUGAAUUUUGUGACACAUUCUUCUUCAUCCUUCGAAAAAAACAUCAACAAUUAACAUUCUUACAUGUUUAUCAUCAUUCAACAAUGUUCUCAUUAUGGUGGAUUGGAAUUAAAUGGGUUCCAAGUGGUUCAACCUUUUUGCCAGCUAUGGUCAAUUCAUUUAUACAUGUUUUAAUGUACUCAUACUAUGGUUUAUCUGCCCUUGGUCCAAAUGUGGCUAAAUAUUUAUGGUGGAAAAAGUAUAUCACUAUUUUACAAUUGAUUCAAUUUACUUGUGCCUUGGUAUUAGGAAUUAAUGGUAUCCGAACGGGAUGUGAAUUCCCAUUAUGGAUGCAUUACACUUUAAUAUUCUACAUGAUGUCAUUUAUUGUUUUGUUCGGAAACUUUUAUGUUAAAGCAUACAUGGCUAGGGGAAAACAAUCAAUGUACAGCAUGCAAAACUUUUGCGGUCAACCAAUCAACACCGAUUACGAUGAGGUUUCAACAACAGCAAAUGGUCAUGCCACGAGUCAAGAAAAUGGCCAUGCAAACCAAGAAAAUGGACAUGUUAAAAAAAUUAAUUAAAACCUAAAAAAAAAAGAACAUUUUAAACAAUUAAUAAUAUUCUAAUUACAAUGGUUGUGACAAUAUUAAAUUAUCGUUUAUACCUUCUCUUUAAAGAGAAAAAAAAAAGAAAAAAGCCAAUUACGUCAAAGAACUCCGCACAAAUCUAAUUUUAUUGAAGUUGCCUAAAAUAUUUAGAUAUGAUGGCAAAUGUUUACAUAAGUAAAAUAGACCGUUAAAUGUUUACAGUUCAGAGUGCCCUAUUCUCUUGCUUCAUACUCAGAAGGUGUUGGAAAAAAUAACCAUUUUGUCUAGAAUAGAUCUUUGAUACGGAUAUACAGCACAUCACUAGUUACGUAGGUACGUUAUCGUAUACCAGACAAAGUUCAAUCUAUUUUUUCUUUCUCUCUUACUUAAGCUUAUAUAUGUAUCUUUGUCUGUUAUGUAGGAUAUUAUACUUAGAAAAUGUCUUAUGAUAUAUGACUAAAAUAUAUAUUAUAUGUAUGUGAGAAAGAAGGAUGUCUUUGUCUAUACUGCUGUAGAACAUACACGCAUAUAUCGUUAUCAACCUUUUACACGUCUCUCAUUCUAACAGUCUCUGUUCUUUUUCAAAUUAAUCGCAUUAUUUUAAACUUUCGCAAAUAAGAUGUUGAAGUUUAGUGUAUAUAACCUUUGGUAUCGCUUCUCGGCACCGAAGUGCUGAGAUCAAAAAGUAGUGUCAAAUCUUAUCAUCUUAAUACCUGGUACAUCUCGCAUAGCGAGAUCCGAUUAUUAAACUGUUUGUUGGAACAUGGUGGAAUGUUCGGAGCUUGUUUCUCUUCUGCCACGAGUCGCCUCAAUAUUGCAGUAUUUAGUGGGAGCGGCUCUUUUAAAGUAAUCAAUAAGUAUCAUGUUUUCAAAUUUUCUAGUGUAAUCUGUAAAUACUAUACAUAAUGAUUGUUUAUGCGAAUUCAGUCAUCCCCCUUCCAGAAAGAAUACAAUAAAAGUGAGUCCCAAUCACUGCCACCAUAUGUGAGACCACGAGAUUUCAUGAAUGAUGACUUUCAUAGAUGUAAAUAUUAUAAUCAAGAAAUUAUUCAUUUCCAAUGAUUUUUCUAAAGAACGGUAUUUUUUCAGAUUUGGAUUAAUAAGAUUGGUCCAAUGCAUUUUUUGCAAAAAAAAAGC